UUUAUCUUGACUAACUUGCAAUUUUAACAUUUGGGUGUUGUGAUAUUUUGACUGAAAACCUCUUAUUGUUAACUAUUUCGACUUAACUUUGCAUAUUUUCAAGGUAACUUUGCUGACAGCUUAAGGAAAUGCCAAAAAGCUAAAAGGAUAUAAAACAGAAAUCUAAUCAUCUUCCCCACCAAGCUCUAUCACUCGGCUUUAGUUUAGAGGGAUUUCAUACACUUUUUUUAAGACUAAACUUCUGAAUUGAAAUAUUUAUAUGAUGGUGGAAGUGAAGUUCAAUCUCUUCAAUGCCAUUGUAGGUACAAGUUUUGAAAAUUGAAUUUCUCUCUUCAUAUUGUCAUUAUUCCCAAAAGAAGAAUAGUCCUAGAGAGAUGGGAAGGAAAGGAAAUUGGUUUAGAACUGUGAAGAAAGCUCUCGGUCUAAGCCCCAUCUCCAAAAGGAAGAAAGAGCAGAAGAAAAAAUUCUCCGAGAAACAAAAACACCCAAGUUCAGGUUCUACUCAUUCAGUGUCUAUUGCAAACCAGAUAACUCAGCUAGAAAAAGUGAAACGAACCUGUGUGGAGAAUGAAGAGCACUACCACGCUCAUCCUUUUCCAAUUUCAAAUUCCCCAGCCAUGGCUUCUACAACUGCUGCUCCGUUAUUCCACCCCAUUAAUGUGACUCAAUCCACUAGAAAAUCCAAAGAGGAAAUGGCAGCAAUCAAGAUUCAAUCGGUUUUUCGUGGAUAUCUGGCGAGAUUGGAAAUGCGAACCUUAAGAGGGCUAUUGAGGUUGAAAUCAUUGGUGGAGAGUUCUGUUGCGGAUCGUCAAGCCACAAACAGCGUCCGGUGUAUGCAACUUUUUGUCCGUGUUCAUUCCCAGAUCCGAUCAAGGAGGUUGAGGAAGCUGGAGGAAAAUCAGGCCCUCCAGAAAAAUCUCCUGCAACAACAUGCAAAUAAACUAGAGAUUUUUCAGGUUGGAAAAGAGUGGAAUGAUAGCACACAAUCAAAGGAAAAGGUAGAGGCUAAACUACUAAGCAAGCAUGAAGCAGCUAGGAGAAGAGAGAGAGCAUUGGCUUAUGCCUUUUCUCAACAGAGAAUAUGGAGAAAUUCUUCAAGGUCAAUAAAUCCACUGUUCACAGAUCCAAAUAAUCCCACCUGGGGCUGGAGCUGGAUGGAGAGAUGGAUGGCAGCUCAACAAUGGCGGGAUGCAACCUGUGGCCUUGAUUGUGGAGAAAUCAACAAAGCUGACGCUCGAUUCGAACUGAGCUCAGAGGCAAAUUCGCCAACAGCAAGCCGAUCCGAAAGCCAUAGAUAUACCUUCCCCUCCCUCUCAACUCCUUCCAGAGCAAGGUCAGUCGCAGAGGCGAAGCAAUUGAAAUCAUCAAACACAAGAAAGAGCUCGGUUCCAGAUGAUGAGUGCAGCAAAGCUGAUGCUCGAUUCGAACUGAUCUCGGAGGCAAACUCGCCAACAGCAAGCCGAUCCGAGAGCCACAGAUAUACCUUCGCGUCCCUCUCAACUCCUUCCACACGAAGGUCGAUCGCAGGGGCGGCGAAAUCAAAGCUAUCAAGCACGAGAAAGUGCUCGGUUCCAGACGAUGACUGCAAGAGCCAGGCGAGUGUUCGAUCAAACAGAUCGCUUAGGCAUAGCAGUGGAGGACAUGGACUAUCCCUAAGGGACGACGAAAGCCAGACAAGUCAAUCAACUCUUCCGAGUUACAUGACGUUCACGGAAUCGGCAAGAGCGAAAUCCAGGUUCCCGAGUCCAGUUCAGACGGAGAAGAAUGGAGUUCCAGAAAUAACAUCGUUUAGUUCUGCUAAGAAGCAGCUGUUGUAUCCGCCAUCUCCGGCCAUGUCGAGGCGGCAUUCGUUCCGCCUUAUAGCGGCUUGAAUGAAGAAAAUAGCAGAAGUAAUGGUGUCAGUCGUUUGAAUUGUGAAGAAAAAAGUGGUACGUUAAUGGCGGGAAGAUUGCAGUAAAAUCCGCCAUUUUCUUCUUGCAGCCAUAUUUCGCCGUUGGUCAAAUAAAGUGUUACUUUUCAC